GGUCAGUAUAGCCGAUUGGCUGAGAAGCCUCGAAACUCGUAGGUGUUACAAUAGAUAAUAACAGCUCCACUAUGAAUACUACAGCCGCCACUAUCAAUUUGCAUGCUAUUUUGGGGUCAGCGUGAGGCUGAACUGAGUUUGUCAUGCCAAUACCCCGCUCAGUUAGUUGACUGGGCGGGGUGUUUUAUCUUGGAUAUUGCCGCCUCUCAGCUCGAGAUAUUUUCCACUUACACCAAUUUUUAGACUCAACGAGGGAAUUCUCAUGCUUGGAAGAUGAGAAGGUUCGGACGUCGCAGUCCAGCGCCUCCUGUUCCAGAAACAGAAGAGCCUGACGACCAGCCUGUUGGCCUAUUCCAGCUAUAUCCAGAUCCCGAACUUUCCGGAUCUUCGGGGGUCGAAACUAACGUUGAUAUCAUUGCGAUUCACGGUCUUGGUGGUCAUCCGUAUAAGACCUGGACAGAUGGUCAGAAAUUAUGGCUUCGCGAUUUCUUGCCGAAGGACCUGAACAGAGCGCGCAUUCUCACGUUUGGAUAUAAUGCUGGACUAGCAUUUACCAGCUCGAAGUCCACAAUCCGUGAUUAUUCGAUUCAGCUGCUUGAGAGUUUGAGGCAGCUUCGUCGACGGACGGCAAAUGAUGAUGUUAAAACAAUAUUCGUCUGCCAUAGUCUGGGUGGAAUUGUAUUUAAAGAGGCACUGAUUGUUGCGCACGAACGAACUAUGACAUAUGGUUCUGUUGCAGCAUCGGUAAAAGGCGUCGUCUUUUUGGGCACCCCUCACCGAGGCUCAAACAUGGCAUACUGGUCUGGCCUACUGACAAAAUUUGCCAACAUCGCUGUCCUUGGACGGCUAAGACAGGAUCUGCUCGACAAUCUUCAGCCUAAGUCGAGCGAACUGGAUACUAUAAGUGCCCAGUUUGUGGAACGUGGGAUGACACUACAGAUAUUCAGUCUGUACGAGAGACUGACAAUGCCAGUAAUCAAUAGCCUGGUUGUCGAUGAAUUUUCUGCCGUUCUGCAUCUGCCCAACGAAACGGCCGUUCCGCUGGAAGCGAACCAUCAGACUAUAUGCAAGUUUCUGACCAGUUCCAACCCCAGCUACAUUCGGGUGCGUGACUGUAUUGAUGAGAUCGUUGAGACGUUGGUGAAGCUCGCGGGAAAGUCAUGUACGUCUUGACUAUUUAGAUAUAUCAUUUCUAUAAUUUCUAGUCCCAAAUUUGACCUAUUUGAAAUGGAUUAUCUUGGC